AUGAAGAAUGAACUAGACCGUUUCCAGGAUACCAAGAGGCUUUUGCAUGACUACUAUAGAGGGAUGGAAGGCAAAAUCCCAACGGAGACCAGCAAUGAGUUUACCAGAAUACCUUUGAUAGAUCUAACUGAUAAAGAACAACCCAUGGAAGAGGCCAAGACUAGAAUAAUUCCUCUGAGUGUUCACAGAGCUGCUUCUCCAGAACCAAAGGACAAGAUGAAAGCAAUUCCAAUCAAGAUCAAGGAUGAUGUGUUUUCUGAAAGCAUAAUCUUUAAUUUUGCCCCAGAAGAAAAACAGAUUACUGAGAUGUGGCACAAUAUUGUAGCCACGAUAUCCAACAUGGUUACGGCUGAAAUACAAGCAAAAGAGGCGGAGGAAGAAAAAGAACGGCUUCAGCAAGAAAUGAAAGAAAAAGAGCGCCAGAAAUCUUCCCAAGCAGAAAAGAAGGGGAAAGAAGGGAAAGGGAAAAAAGGGAAAGGAGGAAAGGAAGCCAAAGGUGGAAAGGAUGCCAAAGGAGGGAAAGGAGGGAAAGAUGCCAAAGGAAAAGAUGCCAAAGAUGCCAAAGGCAAAAAAGGAAAAAAAAAAGCCUCUCAUUCUCCACCAGAGCCAACGCCAACACCAAUUCCUUUAUCCCCGGAGGAACUAAAGAAACUAGAACUAAGGCUUAAAAUGAAGCAGGAAUAUUUUGCUGCGCUGGAGCAUGAAGCGGAGGCUGCAAAAUCUCGUCUUGAGCUGUUGAAAGCCAAAGCACUCGCCUUCACUGAAGAUCUGCAAACGAAAGCAGAAGUAACAUACAGGAAUAUGGAAAAAUGGCUUGGGGAGAGAUUCUUGGCUGAAAUGUCAAGUGUCGACAUAUUAACCGAGGUUGCCCGCCACCACAUCGAAACCUCUACCAAGAUCCAGUAUGAAUUAGUUCUGGAAGGGGUUGAGUUUUACAUUAACGGUGAUGUCAAAGUCUUUCCAGAUCCUCUUCCUCCACCUCGCCCUCCAUCGGUAGAAAUGCCUACAAAUGGUACUUUAACUAUUUCGCAGCUUAGCACGCUUCAUAAGCAGUUUCUGCAGGUGGCACCUAAAGCCAUAGCAGCACUGAAACAAUUUAAAAGCAAGAAUAUAACUCCAGGCAUCCAAAAACAACCAGGAAAGAAUCACCAGUUUCAACAAAUAUGGCUGUCAAAGUACCCUUGGCUAAAACAUGACAGUGAGAGGGGCACCAUGUACUGUGCUUUGUGUCGGAAACACAAUGUGGAUUUAGGGGAGAAAACACACAAUUUUUGUUCUGGGACUGAUGACUUUGUACUUGAAUUAGUCAACGACCACCACAACAGUGAAGCUCAUGCAUGGGCUACCUGUAUGGAAGCAGCCAGUGGCUCUGUCCCAGACACAGCUACCACUGAGCAGAUGUUAAAGAGCAUGAGCAAAACAACCUUAGGAAGAAUAGAAAACCUUUUCAGAACAUGCCACGCCAUUGCCAAAACUGGACGCCCCAUCACAGACCUGGACUGGAUGUGUAAACUGGAUGAUAUGAAAGGAGUGGAUAUUGGUUCCAUAUUUAGAAAUGACAAGGCAGCAAGGAUUUUUAUUCAUUUCAUUGCUGAAGUGGAACGAAGAGCCUUGAAAGAGAAAUUAGAAAAAUGCAAGUUCUUCUCACUCAUUAGUGAUGGUGUUACAGACAGCACAAUAAGAGAAGCUGCCCUGGUGUAUGUACGUUUUGCACUCCAAGGGAAGAUCCACUGCCAGAUUGUUGGAGUUCAGUCAGUAGACAAACAUGAUGCAGCUGCUGUGAAGAAUGCCAUUGUGCAAACAUUACAGACCAGUUUGCAGCUCAAUUUGCCAAACCAAGACUGGGCGAGAAAACUUGUUGGCUUCGGAAGUGGUGGUGGAGACAUUAUGGUUGGACAAAGCAAUGGGGUAGCUAAACUGUUAAAAGAAAUCCAGCCAUGUGUUCAGAGUGUGCAUUGCCUCGUGCAUCACCUUGAAAUAGCUUACAAGGCAGCACUGAAGAGCACCCAACUAUACACCAUUCUAACAGAGCUCUUGCAAAACAUGUACUACUAUUAUAACUCUCCACUGAACAAGAACGACCUCAAGCUAGUCUAUGAAGAACUCAACCUGAGAACAUCCAUUCCUUCUCGAAUUGGUGGCUCCCGAUGGCUUCUUCGCCUACAGACAGCUCUUCAGAUCCUUCUGAAAGGAUACCCAGCAUUUGUCCUACACAUGAGUAAGGUAGAAGAAGAACCAUGUUCCUCAAAUCACCAGAAAGCCAAAGACCUCUUAAAGCUUCUUCUGAAAACAGACAUUGUCAAGUUUUCUCACUUUUUGCUUGAUGUCAUUAACGUCCUCAACAUCCUCUCCCGCGUCGUCCAGGAUCAGAACUCUUCCAUCGCAGAUGUGUUCGCAACAAGCCAGUCAACACUGGAAACACUCCAAAUGUAUCGAGCAAGAUCGGGGCCAAGGGAGCGCCUGGUGGAGGCCAUCACACAUUUUCAUGGUCACCAGCUUGUAGGAGAUGGUGACAUAUCAGCCAUCCGGAUAGAAUUAAUAAGCAAUCUUUUGAAGCAGCUGCGCGAUUGCUUCUGUGAUGCUAGCGAAGAUGUUUUGAGAGCAAGCGCUAUUGGAAGUUUUAAGCUGUGGCCAGACAAAAUUGAACCAGAAUUUGGUGAAGUGGAAGUGUCGGUCUUGAUGAAGUAUUAUGAGCCGGUCCUGGAAUGUGCCAAUGUGAAGAUUUAUGAAGUAGAGACCGAAUGGAACAUGUUAAAAGCAGAGCUGUAUGAUAGAUAUCAGAGCAUCCGGAGAUUGACAUGGGAAGCAGUGAACACAGAUUAUUUUCAUAAAUAUCCAAACAUCUUGACACUGGUAGAUCUUAUCUUGACGCUACCUGCCAGUUCUGACGAGGCGGCACGAGGCUUCUGUCAGAUGAAACUUACAAUGAUGAGGCUACGUUCAAAGCUGGUGUUUGAAAGCAUGACCGAUCGCAUGGUCAUUCUAAUGAAUUCUCCAGAUAUCAAGAAGUUUGACCCCCGAAAGGCUAUCCAGUUGUGGAAUAUUUCCUCGCAAAGGAAUAGGAGACUACAGGCUGAGCAGGGCGUGGUCAACCCUGAGACACCAGAUUGUUCAUCUGACUCUGAAUGGGAAAGGGAAAGGGAAAGCUCAUUUGGAAGCUAUUAGAUGUGAAACACUCUCUCCAGCUGUCUCCUCAAAUAUUUUUAAUAAUGUGCGUUGACUUUUCCUUUUUUUUCUUUUUUCUUUUUGGUAACUAUUUACUGGACAAUUUCUAUUUAUUUAUUUAUUCAACCACAAUUUAUAUACUGCUUGAUUAUAAUGGAACAUCUAAGAGCACAUAUAAUGGUGUCAUGAAACUAACACAUACACUGAGAUGGGAAGGGAGAGAAAUAAGAAAUAUGUCUUUUGGAAAAUUUUUGGAAAAGCUGUAUAUAUUUCUUAUCAAACUGCUAGGUAUUGUCAGAAUAUGCUUAUCAGGUAUUUCUUUUGAAAUAUGUGGUAUUGGAUUGGCAUAUGAAAUUACCAAGUAUCAUUUUUGUCUAUAUAUGUGUGUGUGUGUAUGGUUCGUUUUUAUAAAUUGAAGUGUACGCUCUUGACUCCUUGAUGGAACUUCAUAGUCUUCCUUCUUUCUGUUAAGCUGCUCUUAAGUUGAUUUUAAUUCAUCACUGUCUUUCUAUGCGCUUGGAAUUUUCCAAUAUAUUUAUAGCAAGUGUUUAGGAAUAUUAUGAUUCUGGCUAGAUACUGAACAAUGAAAACAAUAAUUUGAAAUAACUGUUUAUUAUCCUGUAUUGUAUUGCAGAAAUUAUUUUAUCCCUGUUACGGUUAUUAAGGAUAAGCAAUUAUUUCUACUGUUUUUACUGACAUCUUAUUUCCUGUUCAUUUUCAUUCUUCUGGAGAUUUGACAUGUAAAAAUAAUUGCCUGUGGGAGGGAAAUAAGUGUUGAUUCCCUCAGUACUUUGGACUUCCAAAAUUGUUCCGAAGAGUCACAGUAUUCAUUCAUGCAUUUCUUCAUUCUUAAUUGCUGCAACUGUUCUACUUAGUGUUUAACUGGAUUAAAAACAAGCAAUGGAAGAGAACACUUUUUAUCAAACGUCUAACUACGAAGGAUGCCAAGACACUUAAUUUUUCUUAUCUGCAAAAUAACAAGAGAAAAGAAGAGAUGAGACUUUCAGUGCCAGCAGAAACAUGCAGAAUGAAAUAUCUUUGUAGUAAAAAUAAGUUGAGGAUAUUGCCUCCUUUACACAUCAAGGAUAUCACCUGCGGAUAA